GGGAGCUAAGGGGCUGAUUUUUAUCUUUUACCGGAUCGAGAAGGGGAGGAGAAUGAGUUAUUCUUGUAGCAGCACAGAGCCUGUUUGCUGUACCGUGCUUUAGCCAGCGCGCAACUAAAAAAAAAGGCUGCGACGCAAGUAAAUCGGCUCCUGCGGCGACGACGCCGAGAGCAUCAGAAAAAAAAAGAGAGAGAGAGAGAAGCCUCCAGUUUCCUUGACAGGUUGCACACCGAUUAGCCCUCUUCUGCUGGACAUGAAAGUGCAGCAAGGCUGCAACUCAUCAGAUAUGGGGAUCCCGGUUACAACUGAAGAAGAAUUGCGCAGAAAUACCAUAAUUACGCCCGAGGAUGUGCUUGGGUUACAGAAGAUCACCAAGAAUUAUCUUUGCUCUCCAGAAGAAAAUGUCCAUAUGAUCGACUUCACCAGGUUUAAGAUCCGUGACAUGGAAACAGGGACAGUCCUGUUUGAGAUCACCAAACCUCCAACACCAGCAGGAGGCAAAAAACACUGUGACCCCAACGCCGGCCGUUUUGUCAGAUACCAGUUCACCCCAGCCUUCCUCCAGUUGCGGCAGGUUGGAGCCACAGUGGAGUUCACAGUGGGAGACACACCCAUCAACAACUUCCGCAUGAUUGAGAGACACUACUUCCGCGAUCAGCUGCUCAAGAGCUUUGAUUUCGAGUUUGGCUUCUGUAUGCCCAGCAGCAAGAACACAUGCGAGCACAUCUACGAGUUCCCCGCACUGUCUGAGGAAAUCAUGCGUGAGAUGAUUCUUCACCCUUACGAGACGCAGUCUGAUAGCUUCUACUUUGUGGACAACAAGCUGGUGAUGCACAACAAGGCAGAUUACUCCUACAGUGGGGGCCCAUAGGAAGACCACCCCUGCACCCUUCAGUCCUUCUGGUUCUAGACAUUUUCCACCAUCCACAUGUACCACUUCAGGACCAGAAACAGAUGAACUGAUGGACAAUUUGCUGGCAUUAAACACUCUUGUCUCACUCCUGUUAACUCCAUGAAUUUCCAUUCAGGUAUUCAGCUGCCAGACCAAUAGAUUUCUGUCUUUGCAGGAACAGCAAGUCGGUUUUAUUAUCAUCAUCAUCAUCAUCAUCAGUUUGCAUCAGUGUGUGUGUAUGUGUGUGUAAGUGAGUGAGUGUGUGGGCAGCAAACACAUGCAGUGUCUGUACAUGAUUUCAGUCUGUAUAUGUGGGUCCCACUUUAUCAGGAAAACACUGAGUGUUGCUUGUCUUCACUGAACCAGAAAAACAUCAUGAGACCAAGAGAGAAAUGAAUUUACCCUUUGAUAAUAAUUAAUUCAUUGAGAUGUACAUUUAUAUAGUUUGUAUAGGAAUGUCAUUACGUUUUUACUCCUGAAGUUUCUUAAAUUUCUAGUAGCACACAUCUGAAUGAUUCCUCCCAUCAUCGUCUGUCAUCGUUUAUUUGAAUGACCAAAAAGAAACGUGUACUUUUGUCUAUGUGAGUGUGUCAUUUGUUGUAUGUUUUCAUGUUCAUAGUACUACUUCAGGAGUAUUUUUUAAAUAAAUAGCCAUUUUGAAGUGUCGGAAAAAAAACCUACGUUAGCCAAAAGUCAGAUACCAAUUUUGAUAUCCAGUAUGUUCUCUGUAGUACUGAACACUGUGUAUACUUUAAUUAUGAUAAAUGUUUUAAGUAUAAAAUGAAAAAGUACAUCAAAGUUUUGACUGGCGGAAAUUCCAUCACUGCAAUAAA